AUGUCUUCGAGGGAUUACCUAUUCGCCGCUGGUCGCGCCAACUACAAACUUUCUCCCAGGCUCCGAAAACCGAAGAGUCGGAGUUUGGAACCCAGGGGCCCCGGUGGGGCUGCCGCGCUCCCUGAACUAGCUAUGCCGAGAGACAGCCAGCUCCUGCCUCCGAUAAGCCGCGCUCUGCUGCGCGCAGCCCGUGCUGGGUGUAUUUAUAUUCGCCAAAGUGGCCAGGCUGCCGAGGAACGAGAAAAUAAAGAUGCAACGGACGCAGAAGAUCAGGCCGCGGCGGCUGUGCACAUGGCUGAUCGCAGCUUCACUAAUCGUAAAUGGACGGCAUUGCCUAAGCACUUGGAGCCCCCGGAGGUAGAGUUCCUUGCGAAGAGACGUCCGGGUUUGCCCUCGCUUUAUGGAGGCGUCGGGUCGGCAGAGGGAGGCUUGGGAGCUACACCGGGCCCUAUGCGGAGGACAAAGUUUCAGAAGGUUGACCCUGAGACUGGAAACAUUUCUAUCUACGAAGCUUGGGUGCCAGAGGGGCAUCGCAUCGAGGGUGAAGUCUCAGGGGAUGUUCAAACCCUUGUCCAGCAAAGCAACGUGCCGGUGAAACCAGAAACACCCGCCCCCGGAACUGUGGUUGAAGGCGUCGGCGUUGUCAACUCGGAGGGCGUGGUUGUUGCAGAGGCCGGUUCAGCCUCUGUCAUGACACCGCCCAAGCGUCGUCCGCCACCUCCCAAGCGCAAGGGCAAGGGCAUUGGAAAGGGCCGGAAGAAGAAGGUCAUGUUUGCGCCUGGAGAAGGAGCUGAUGCUACCACUGUGCACGGCAUUGCGCCAACCGAAGGUGCUGUUGAAGGUGCCAAGGAAGGCGACGAUGCUUCUCGGGUGUCUGUCGAUCAGUCUGGUCAGGAUGAGGAGGAGGAGGAAGGUGAGGAUGGUGAUGAAAGCGAUGAGGGCGACGAGUCCAUGAUGGAUGCAAAGACCCCAGAGACUCCGCAGGCUCCUCCCAGCACUGAACUCGCAGAGAAACCACCAGCCGACACUGCUGCUGAUCAGUCCAAAGAUGUGGAAAUGACGGACGCUAUGUCUGUGCCACAAUCUUCUGUUUCGCAGCCCGCCGUCGAUCAGGAGUCUCUAUUACAGCCCUCAAAUAUUACUUCAGCGCCCCAAGCUGAGACUCCUCAAAACGGGGCCGAUAUCUCUGCUUCCACAACACGCGCCCCGUCCACAGGGUCUACCGAGCAGCUUACUGCAGCCGGAUCAACAACUGAGCACCCACCUAGUGCGGUUUCAACGGAAGCCUCAGCAAAGGAGGAAUCCCAAGCUCCGGAGCCAACUCCACUUCCUACAGAAGAUAGCGCAAUGGAUACCUCUGCGGAUGAUAAGCCAAUUCAAAAACUAGCUGAACCCACACCAGGUGAGGUCAAGCUAGAACCAGCACAAGAGCCCCGGCCUCAGCCUACAGAUGAAAGUGUCGCCGCUCCUUCCGAUAGUCCUGGCAAGCCUAUUGAAGAGACACCAUUGGAGUCAACGAAGAAAUCAGAACCAACACAAUCAGCAGAAGAACUACCAGUUUCCACUCUUGAAUCCGAACCUGCCGUUGAUGAACAACCCCAGUCACCAACUAAGAUCGAGGAAUUGGCACCAGCUGAUACACAUCAAACAACGCCCAAUGAACCAGAAGUUAUUGGUGCUCGUACUAAUUCUGAGCCCGUGGGAUCAAAAGAGGACGUUGAGAUGGGUGGUGUUCUCUCUGCGGAGGUAACUCCUGCGGCACCAGUAGAGGAGGCCCCAGCCGCUUCAUCCCCUGUUAAAACAGCCUCUCUUAUUCCACCAGCGUCCGCCGAAUCUGAUCGUGAGGCUGCUGCGCCUGAGCCUGUCAAUGUGCCUGCUCCGAAGACUGAAGCUCCAAUUCCAGAGCCUGCUGUUUCUGAGAGGCCAUCCCCUCCUACAGACCCUACCUCGGAGAAACCGUCGGUGUCUGCACCUGAAUCUGAAGACGCCGAAGCGUCAGCUUCCAUCAUCCCGGAAGAGUCAGUCGAGCCCAAGCCUGAGGCUGAUGAGCCGAAAAAGGAGCCAGAAUCGGCCUUGGCCCCUGCUCCUGGUCCAGAAUUCGCAUAG